AUGGGCAAGGGACACGUCCGCAGAACGUGUCCCGCAAAAGAGGACAGGUCCAACGCCUAUGCGGCUGCAUCUCUUCCCGCGAACCACGUGAUGGGGAGCAAGGUGUGCUCCCCACCACCCGUGAGGGUGUGGGCUCGGUCGAUUCCCGUACCCCAUGGUACUCGUGCGGUACCAGCUGAUAACCUUCCUGAGCAACCAAAGAGUACUUACCUGCUACUAGGAAACGUCUCUCUGGCUGAUACUAUAAUCGGGAUCUCCAUCAUAUUCGGUGCUACAGUUGAAAAUUCUAUGAGAUCCAAUCAACUAUGUAUUUUCCAACUUGGUUUGCUGGUCUGCCCUGCAAUCGUCUCCAUAUUCAGCGUUGCACUGAUCGCAAUAGACAGAUACAUUUAUAUUCUACACGGUUUGUACUACCAGAGAUGGUUCAACACCACUAGAGUGAGAAUUGGCAUCGUCUGCAUUUGGAUUAUUGGAAUCAUCCUGGGAUUCAUGCCUGUGACGGGAUGGACUAACAAUGACCCUUUGACUUCAAACUGUUUAUAUGUUGCGGUUUAUCCCGGUGAACUAAUUGUAUUUAACUCCAUUCUCAGUAUUAUUCCUAUAGUAAUUGUAGCUAUAUUGUAUUGUAUAAUUUUACUUCAAGCUUUAAAGAACUUAAGAAAUAUUAAAGCUUCAAAUGCUUCAGUAAGUCAAAUAGAUAUAGAGAUUGAACAGACGUCUAGACUGAGAAUAUAUCGCGGUACUAAUAAAAUGACAAAUAAGAAGCCGCUAAAUAAACAAGAUAAUAAUAAGAUUAAAAGGAGUGCUUCGUUUCAUUCCUGUAAUAGCAAAAUGGCCUGUCCUCAAGAGAGAUUUAGAUCCAAAAGUACGGAUGACCUCAACCUUACAUUAAAUAGGUCUCGAGAAUACGUUAAUAAAAUACAAACACGAGAAAGAAGUGGACGCGUAUCUAACUCUAGUAUUUGUACCGUGGAAACAAUUUGCACAAUAGAAAACUCAUUUCGAAGAGCUACUGAAAGCUCAAUUGCAACAUCGAUGGAAUUACCUUGUAAGAAAAUUUGUAAAGUGAAUGGACCUAAGAAAUGGCGAGCAGUGACCAUAGUAAUGUUGACUUCGGGGAGCAUCAUCAUUACUUGGAUGCCAUUCUUUAUAAUUGUAAUACUUUUUGUAUACUGCGAAGAGAAACGCACAAAUUCGCGGUGCUUACAUUACUCAACAUUAUUGAGUGGUCCCAUAGCAUUACUGGCUUUUAUUAACAGUGUUUUAAAUCCUUUGAUUUACGCAUGGUGGCACAAAGGUUUCAAAAAAUCUAUUAAAAACCAUUUUAGACGAUAUGUUCAAAGACAUGUAUUGUUAAAAAGAAUAUUUAUAGCGUGCUUACCAGCUAUGGGGUGGACUGGGAAAACAUUUAGAGAUUUCCGAUGCUGGUACAUCGCCGUAUUCCCACCUUCCUUACUCAUUGUAUUGUCAACAGUCGUUCUCUCUGUCAUAAUAAUGGUAUGCCUCCUGUACAUACUUAUAUUACAUAGCGCAGUGAAAGCAGUUAACAAAAUUCGAGAAUGCAACGAAACUAACGUGGCUUACAUUAAUAAAGGCUUUGACGAAUCCAAUAACAUCGAUGAGAGAUCUAAAACGUCUGUUAAAAUAAUAGUAUCAACUGAAACUGUUAACGAAAAUAUGACAUCUUUAGAAAUGCACGAAAUGAAAACCAACUUUGAGCAUAAACAAUCGAAUGACUGUUUCAAAGAAAAGAUGACUAAGGUAUCGCAAUAUUACCAUAAAUCUAAGUCUGUAAAGUCCACCCCUAGUAAAUUGAAAGCUGUGAAGACUGUGCUUUUGGUUACAUUCUGUUUUUUAGGCACUUGGGCACCGUACUAUGUAGCUGUAAUAAUGUACGUGAAAUGUAACAUAUUGAUACACGGCUACGAUUGUGUGCCUCUGGAAAUUUUGACUCUUGGACCUUUAUAUCUAUUAGGAGUUAGCAACAGCUUAUGUGACCCGUUAAUAUACGCGUGGAGACAUUCUGGUUUCAAAAGAACACUUAAAAAGAUGUAUCUCAAGUACAUUUUGAAAUCGAAUAUUUAA